AUGAUUCUGAUUGCCCAAACUAGGCACAGAAGACGAGAAAAAGGAAAUUCCGUACCAUUUGGCCAAGGUGUAUUAUUAAAUAUUGAAAAUUCAAUAGACCAACGUCGAGCUGUACUUAUUAUAUGUGAAAAUAUUGCUAAAUUAGAAAAAAUUUCAUUACAAGGGAGAAAAGAAUUUCAACAUGAAGAUAAUAAAUUUAUAUAUUGUCGUAAAGCAGUAGUUACUCAAAAUAAAUCAUCGCAUAAUUCAAAUAGAACAGAAGCUGAAUUUCAACCUAAAUCGGCAUUAAGUAAAUCUGUGAUUCAAACAGGCCAUUCUAUUAAUUUCAAUAAUGUUAAGAUAUUAGUUAGAGAUCACAGACCUUAUCGAUUACUGCUAACAACAAAAUCAGCCUUUGCACAAUACCUCUGUGAAUAA